GCCAGCCUCUCGAUUGUCAACAUCUGUUGCGCAAUCAAGAUCUUCGGCAACAAAUAGGUGGCUGCUCACAUUUCAUUCAAUCGACGUUUUAGCCAGCCCGAAACAUCCGUCCUUGUGUGUACCCACAAAGUAUAUACUGUUAGAGUCGAUACGAGAUCGUCACCCCAUACCCACGCAUGCAUCUGUGGUAUUGACCUUUACUUGGCCCAGCGCUUGGCCUACAUUCCAAGUACCUGCACAGCCUCCAGAUUCUUGACUUAGGGGGCAUGCGCCUGAGACGUGCUAGCAUUGAUACACCGCGUGUCAUGGUUGAAUACGACGCAACGGAUGUAAAUACGACAAUACCUGUUAUUUCGUGCCUUUGGUUUAGCCCUUGCGACGGCUGAGCACUGCCAAACCACUUCCAAUAUUGCUGCCAGCAAAGUAAAGGAAACCCUCGUCAGAUGAACUGGUCCUUCAGAGACAAAGGCCGUGUCUCUGUCCAAAAGACUCCCCUAUCACACAUCACACGCAGGAUCCAAGACCAAGCUAAACCGAACCUGUCGCUCCAGGCCCCGCUUCACCGCACUCGUGAAGGGCCACCCACCCGCCCCCUGACCCCUUCGACUGCACCGCGUACGUAUCAAUUUAUGUACUCGCUAAGGUAAAGUAGGUAGGUAAGGUACUUGUCGCUAUUACGAGCGCCGACCAGGCCAGGUCGUACCUGCUUUCCUGUUGCCGCUGCCAUUGCUACCCAGGUUCCCGAUCCCUCCCUCUCUCCCUUCUAGCCCGUCCACCUCACUCCUCCCCUUGGCCGUUGCCGCUGGUCUUCCUUUUCCCUCUCGUCUUCCCCCACACAACAAAUUCAUUUCAUUCAUCAUCCGCGACAACGGGAAAAACCAGCCCAUAUCGACAACGACGAGACGACCAGACGCUGUCUCUUUCAGCCACGCCUCGUCGCGGAGACGAUUUCUCGCCUCGGCCUUUCGCUAAUUAACUUUACUUCUUUCUUUAUUAUCGCCUUACUCCGUUCCUAAUUCCACUACGCCAACUGCCGCAGCCUCACUCUCGCUAUCCAACUAUCCAAAGUCAAUCCGGAAGAAAUCCACGUCUUUGGAAGACCAUAAUCCGUCGCCCCCAUUUCCGAUACUUCGUCGACCACCUUUGUCGUGGGCUUUGUUUUGAUUCAUACUAGUAAUCUUGGACUAUCGGAAGGGUUGGAAGGAUUGGAAGUGCACUGUCAACAACCCUGGACUUGUAACGACGACAGCCAACUCUCCACCGAACGAAACGACUCCAUCGACAAGGAACCCGAUCAUCACCAGGAUACGUGGUCACGAUGUGGUCUUGUAUCAUGAAACCACUGGCGGUUCUCGCCUCAGUGGCUGCCCUGGCCUCGCCCGUCUCUGGAGAGAAGAUUCUCUACUCCAACUCGCUCAACAGUUGCCAGAAGGAUAACGGUUUCAAAGCUACGCUCUUCAACGUCGCACUGACACCGAACAACGGUUCUGCUUUUGUCAAGGCUGUGGCAACCUCAUCCAUCCAGGGCAAGGUUAUCUUUGACAUUCGACUCUCGGCAUAUGGCUACCAGUUCCUUCAACAGACCGUAGACCCUUGUACAAUCAAUCUUGCUGGUCUCUGUCCUAUGGUUUCUGGAAAGAUUCCAUUUAAGUUCAACUUGCCAGUCGGUAAAGAAAAUCUCAAACAAGUACCCGGAAUCGCCUACAGUGUCCCCGAUCUCGACGCUACCGUCCGUGUUUAUGUCAACAUGUCUAGCACUGGCGAGAGCGUCGCUUGUGUCGAAGCUGAUUUUUCCAAUGGAAAAACAGUUGAUCUCAAAGGUGUCAAGUGGGCUACUGCCAUCAUUGCUGGCCUUGGUCUGAUCUCUUCUGCCGUUGUUUCCGGAGUUGGUCACGCCAACACUGCUGCUCAUGUCGCUUCUAAUUCGCUUUCCUUGUUUGGCUACUUCCAGGCACAGGCCAUUCUUGGUCUCACCAGCGUCGGACUCCCCCCAAUCGUUUCCUCUUGGACUCAGGAUUUCCAGUGGUCAAUGGGAAUCAUCCGUGUUGGUUUCAUGCAGGACAUUUUUACGUGGUAUCAACGAGCAACCGGCGGUACACCCGAGUCUAUUCUGUACAAUGUUCGCCAAGUGUCGGUUGAGGUUCAGAAGCGAAGCUUGCAGGCUGCCUCUACCAGUAUCGAUCUUUUCAAACGUAGUGCCGCCAUGAUGCCUCGAAGUAUCACGGAGCCCAUCGGUCAUGCUGCUGGGGCACUCGCUAAGCGCGCCAAUAUCCAAACUGAGGAUGGCACUUAUAUCGUGUACGGUAUUCAGCGAGUUGCUUUUAAGUCCAGGAUCGAAACCACCAACUUGUUCAUGACUGGCCUCACUUUCUUUUGCAUCUUUGUGGUUAUCACAUGUCUGGCUAUUGCUGCUUUCAAGGGUGUGUGCGAACUGUGCGUUCGUCAGAAGUGGAUGGCCCCAGACAAAUUCUUGGAAUUUCGAAAUGGUUGGAUGACUGUCCUGAAGGGCAUUCUCUUCCGUCUGACACUCAUCGGUUUCCCUCAGAUGGUCAUUCUUUGUUUGUGGGAAUUCACUCAACAGGAUUCGCCUGCUGAGGUCGUUCUGGCUGUCUUCUUCCUCUUGGGAAUGACCUUCACCCUCGCUUGGGGCGCCAGCAAGGUCAUUCGCAUCGCUCGCCGUUCUGUUGCCAUGCACCGCAACCCAGCCUACAUCCUCUUCUCGGAUCCCCAGGCCCUCAACAAGUGGGGUUUCCUCUACGUUCAAUUCCGAGCUUCUGCUUACUACUUCAUUGUCCCCGUCCUUGUCUACACUGUGGUCAAGGCAAUGUUUGUUGCAUUGGCUCAGAAGAACGAUGUAGCACAGGCAGUCGGGUUCAUCAUCAUUGAGGUCGGUUUCUUAAUUGCCGCCUCGGUUCUUCGACCCUGGAUGGAUAAACCCACCAACUCGUUCAACAUUGCGAUUGCUGCGAUCAACUUUAUCAACGCCAUCUUUCUUCUCAUCUUUUCUAAUGUGUUUGGGCUGCCCAAGAUUGUCGUUGGGGUUGUCGGCGUCGUGUUGUUCGUUUUGAAUGCUGCAUUCGCACUCAUUCUUCUUCUCAUGCUUAUCGUCUCAACGGCCUUGGUCUUCUUCCGCAAGAACCCUGAUGCACGAUACCAGUUCAUGGCCGAUGAUCGUGCCUCGUUCAUGAAAUCUCAAACCCAGGUCAACGCCACAACUGAGCUUGAUGCUCUUGCCGCUACGGCCCGAGGUGACAAGGCUGGUUAUAGCAACAAGCACCUCGAUCUCGACGAGGAGGACUCGGUGUCGUCAGAGAGUUUGAGAAGACGGGCGGAGAUGAACAACCAGUCCCAAACGUCAUUUCAGCGGGGCGAUGUUCCUCCUCGGUCUCCUGUGAACCCCGCCAUGCCACUUUUCCCUGCUGACGGACAGCGACCGGCAAGCCCGUUCCGCAAUGCGUCACCAAACCCAUACCAACAGUCGGCAUCCAAUCUCUCUCAACAACGGUCGGCAGGUGACAGUAGCCCAGGCGGUUACAGGUCACAGAACAAUGCCAGCCCUUGGCAGCGUGGUGCUGGUUACGAGCACUAAUCGAUGUAACCGAGGAUCUAUCCAUUUAUAUCAUGACAAGCUUACAUCCGAGACCCUUAUCAUCAGCGAAGGCUUCGGAUUUGAUGACCUUUUGUCAAAAGCGAGCCGACCCAACAGCAUUAACAAUUCGAAUUUUCUGCUAUGGACGAUGAGAGUUAGCUCUCGACUUAAGCGACCUAAGCUAUUAAUCGAUAUCAACCACGCCAAGAUCGUGUUUUCUUUUUCCUUGUUUGUAUCGUCCUACUCAAAUUUCUUUUUGGAUGGUUUGUCGAAAGCAUGACGACGGCGUCUGCGUUGAGACAUGGCGUUGGUGAUAAUCGAAACCCUAGUGCUCUUACGAGUAUUUGCUUUGUAUAUAUAAACAUUAUCGGGAAGGGAUGAGGAAUGCACUUUUUUCACUGGAUUGGGAUGGCAUAGGCACCAAUUCACGCUCGAUAUCCGAGGUAGUAUGCCACAGCUUAGAAGAUGUGGCAGUGGGAGGCUUGACUUCCCAUUACUUGUACCCAAAUUAAAACCAAAAAAUUUCAAUAACUGGAUUGCUGUCCACGUGAAUGACAGUGGCCUGAAAUAGCCUCCUAAGUCAGCUUGAGGUUGAGAUUCAUAGACAUUCAAUGUAAAGUGCAUUGCAUUAUUUAUCUAUUGAAGAAGGGUUUUCUAGUGACUGCCAC